AUGACGAGGAACGAGCAAUCAGAGCGCGACGUGGGGGAGAAUCUCGCGGAGGCGCGAGCGUUGUGCGAACGCUUGGACGAAACGCUUAAGAACUGCGCGAGCAAACUUGUAGGGGACGUUUCAACGCGGCGCGUGACCGAGCUCGAAGAGCGGGUGAAAGAGAUGGAGGAGGAGAUGAGAGAGGUCAAAGAAGAGCUGAGAAACCUUUCGCCGACGCCUUUGUGGAAGGUUGUCACGGAUAAGCAGUACAAAGAUAUCUUCGAGACGCAUAUUUUAUCGAAGUUGGACGACUUGUCUUUCAGAGUGUUUCGAGAGGUGAACACGGAAAGUCGAGACGCGUGUAGACGAUCGGGGAGGAAGUUGCGGGAGACUUUUGGGCUUACUACUUACAGUGGUAAUCCACCAGUGACAAAGAAAACGACCAUUAAGAUCGAGGGAAAAGAAGCGCAGCGUUAUUUCUGCAGUGAAGCAGCUCGUAUGGGAAACCUCGCGUUGGUUCGUUGGUUACGAGAAGUGAAAAAGUUUGAUUGGAACGAGCUGACGAUCAACGAAGCAGCUGAAAAUGGUCAUCUUCACAUUGUGACGUAUUGCACAGAACAGAAAUGUCCACGUGGCUCGUUGCCGUGUGCAUGUGCUGCCAAAUCCGGCCAUCUCGAUAUUCUCAAAUACUUGCACGAAAACGGCGCGCCUUGGAAUUUGUGGACUUGCACUUUCGCUCGCAAAAACAACCACCUCGAGUGUUUGAACUACGCCAAAGAGAACGGGUGUCAAAACGACACACACGUCCCACAACAUUAA